ACGUCGCGUCGCCGGGUCUCGAGCAGCUGCCUCGGAGCCGCCGGUCGGACCGCCCGCCCCGCCCGCCCCGCCUGCCCGCCAUGGCUGAGAGUGACUGGGACACGGUGACGGUGCUUCGCAAAAAGGGCCCCACGGCCGCCCAGGCCAAGUCCAAGCAGGCCAUCUUAGCGGCUCAGAGACGAGGAGAAGAUGUGGAGACGUCCAAGAAAUGGGCCGCUGGCCAGAACAAACAGCAUUCGAUCACCAAGAACACGGCCAAGCUGGAUCGGGAGACGGAGGAGCUGCACCACGACCGGGUGACCCUGGAGGUGGGCAAGGUGAUCCAGCAGGGCCGGCAGAGCAAGGGGCUGACCCAGAAAGACCUGGCGACGAAAAUCAACGAGAAGCCGCAGGUCAUCGCGGACUAUGAGAGCGGCCGGGCCAUCCCUAACAAUCAGGUCCUCGGCAAGAUCGAGAGAGCCAUCGGCCUCAAGCUCCGGGGGAAGGACGUCGGGAAGCCCAUCGAGAAGGGGCCGAGGGCGAAAUGAACACAAAGCCUCGAAGUCAGUGCGUCCGGCUGACCUCGCCUGGCUGGUUCCCUGACCGCCACCGCUGGCGCGGGUCUCUCCACGUGGCCAAGUGGAACGCAGGGCGUCAGCCCUGCCCGGGACCCCUCCCCAAACCUGCUGUCAGACUAACAAACAAAACUUUGCAAAGUG